AUGCGUUACUCCGUUGUCACUCUUCUCGGCCUCGCCAGCGCUGCCCUGGCCCAGUGGGAUCCCACUGAUGGUUUCAACGUCGUCUCCAAGCCUUCCUUUGACGAGGUCAUCCCCGCUGGCAAGGCUUACGAUAUCGCGUGGGCCCCGACUGAGGAGUUCCCUGAGGCCAUCACCAUCAAGCUCUAUGGCGGAAAGGCCCGUAACAGCCUAGACGUCGUGGCCACCAUCGCCUCUGGUGUCGAUAGUGCUGAAGGCACUUACAGCUGGGACGUCCCCGCUGACUUGGGCUCUGCCGUUGUCUACGGUAUCCGCAUCGAUUCGGAGACCAACAGCACCAGGUUCCAAUGGGGCAACCCCUUCACCAUCAAGGCGGGCAAGGCGACCCUCACUACCAGUGCAAGCACUGCUUCUGCUACCGAGUCCAGCGUCACCAGCACCAAGGCUAGCUCAGCCACGUCCUCUGUUGAGACCAAGACCACCUUGACCACCACCUUCUCCGCCAACACCUCCACCACCACCGCUCCCGCCGAGACCACCGUCACUUCCGUGAUCGACGAGGAGGAGGUCACCACCACCACUGCCGCCGCUACUACUUCGUCCACUGCCAUUCCUACAGGUGCCGGUGUUCGUGCCGUUGGUGGCGCCAGCUCUUUUGCCCUUCUCGGUGGUGUCGCCCUCGCCGUCCUUGCUUUCUAA